AUGCCUUCUUUACCAUUACCACCGUACCGGGCUGUCUUCGAGCGGGCAGAGGAUAUUACCAGAGACGCUCUUCCAUUCCCUCCAGAAAGAAACCAAAGGGGAAUCGCCGUUCCAGGGUCCGUCGAGCCAGGGUAUUCGGCCAUCUACAGAAGUGCAGCCACGCCCGACUUUCUGUACGACCGGGUCUCUCCGGAACUGGAUACGUACUAUCGAAUCCUCAAACGGUCUUUCGAAAUAUUUAAGGAUGAAGACUGUGUUUCCGAAAGACCACAAACCGGUGAAAACUCUUGGUCGGAUAAGUUUGUUCCCCGGAGCUAUGGUGAGGUUUAUCAUGACUCGCUCAAUUUCGGAUCAGGAUUGAAAUACUUGCUCCAAAAGAACGAGUUCAGAUCGGGGACUGAAAUUCCCGACAAAGACUACAUCGUCUCCAUCUUCUCCAGAAACAGAGCUAAAUGGCUUGUUGCGGAUAUUUCCUGUACACUCUUUUCGUUGCCAAACACUGCUCUUUAUGACACUUUGGGCCCAGACACUUCCACCUACAUUCUGGGGUUGACCAAAUCGCCGGUAGUGGUUGCUGCUUCCGAUAAGAUUUCCAAAUUAUUGGAUCUCAAAGAGGCUGACCCUGCCAAGCUCAAGAACUUGAUCAUGCUUGUGGCAAUGGAUAAUCUAGAACCGGAAGUGUAUAGCGAUCUGAGUCGUAGGGCCUACAAGUUGAAUGUUAAGCUUUAUGAGUGGGACCAGGUUACUGAGGCCGGCAUAUUGUUCCCACAUGAAGAAGUUCCACCAGCGCCAGACUCGAUAUAUUCUCUCUCAUUUACCAGCGGAACCACUGGGCCUCCCAAAGGUGCUAUUCUCCUUCAUUCAGGUGUUGCUGCUGGGGUUGCCUUCACCAGCGCUACUAUCGAUACACCCAAGCAAAAGGCUAAACUUCUGAGCAUUCUUCCUCUGGCUCACAUUUAUGAACGAAUGACGAUGGCCCUACAAUUGUUUAGGGGUGGAUGUCUUGGAUUUCCACACCAGCCUGGACCCGAACAUAUUGUUCCAAAUCUGCGCCUGUUUAAACCUAACCUAUUUAGUGGGGUCCCUAGGCUCUUCAACAAGUUUGAGGGUGUGUUGAAGGCAGCAACCGUUCACAACCCCAAUGCUUCGCCAGCAAAGAGGGCGCUGGCCAAGAGGAUAAUUGAGUGGAAAAUGAAGCAGCAAUGUUCAAAGGACGGUGAAAGAGGCGAGAGCAUUUUGUAUGACAAGCUUCUCAAUAACAAACUCAGAGCCGCACUCGGUUUUGACAAUUUGUACGGUGUUGUGACAGGGUCUGCUCCAAUUAGUGCGGAGACAAUAAAAUUCCUCAAGGCUGCCCUUGGGGUGAGUUUUCACCAGGGCUAUGGUCUCACUGAGACUUUUGCUGGAGUGUGUGUUUCAGCAGGUUUGGAAACAGAUCCGGGCUCUUGCGGUGUGAUCGGUAUUGCUACUGAGUGCAGACUCAAGGAUACGCCUGAGUUGGGAUACACUUCUAGCGAUGAAGGAGGGCCUCGUGGUGAAUUACUUUUGAGGGGUUCCCAGGUCUUUCCUGGUUACUACAAAAACGAGGAAGAGACUAAAAAAGCACUAGACGAGGAUGGUUGGUACCACACCGGUGAUAUCGCUAGAAUCGAUUCUAAAUGCCGGAUCUAUGUGAUCGACAGAGUGAAAAAUCUUUUCAAACUGUCUCAGGGAGAGUAUGUUGCUCCUGAAAGAAUUGAGAAUAUUUAUUUGUCCAGUUGCACUGACUUCGUGUCGCAGAUCUACGUUCAUGGAGACUCUUUCUCGAAUUAUCUGGUAGGUAUAGUUGGAGUCGACAUACUCGGUCUGUCAGCAUUUUUGAAGAGAAAACAUCCAGAUUUGUGGAGACAAGUGGAAGGAAAGACUCCUGAAGAAAUUUUGGAUAUUAUUUCAUCCAGCAGACAGCUGAAGUCAGCUAUCUUGGCACAAAUGAACAGAAAUGUGAGUUCUGCAGGUCUUAAUGGCUAUGAGAAGUUACACAACUUGAAGAUUGGCAUUGAGCCCUUGAAAGUGGAAGACGAGGUUUUGACACCAACCCUAAAAUUGAAGCGAAACAAUGCUUUGACCAAAUUCAAUACUGAUUUGAAGAACCUAUACGAGGAAGGGUCUUUGAUAAAGAAUGAGAAGCUCUGA